UUUUCCUCCGGAACCUUUGUUCUGGGCGAGAAACAGGAGACCGGAUAUUUGUCGGACGAGCCGGAAGAUCUCUGAAGUCACAUUCACGACGAAACUCCGGUAUCAGCAAAAACAGAACCUCCACCCACCCGGACCAGUCCUCAUGCCUUUAGUUUGAUCAUCAUCGAUGAUGUUUGCCUUGAAGCUUGUCCCGCGGUUCAGUUUAAGUAGAGCAACUUAUGCCCUUCAAGCCCAUGGAGGAAUAUUACAUGGUUGCACACACCCGGCCAUUCCUCUUUACUGCUCCUCACUGCAGCAGAAACUCAGAAACUACGCAACAGCAGCGGACAACACAUCUCCUCCUCGAUGGAUCCAGCUAGAGCCAGAACUGGAUGAGGCUCUCAUCCCACGGAAGCUGUCAGUGAGUCCUCUGGAGAGCUGGCUGUCGCUGCGUUACUCCCUCCCUCCCCUGACAGAGUCUCCUCAGCCACAGGAGGACAUUGGGCUGCUGGAGGAGAAACUACUGCCGUCUGUCUCUGUACCCAUUCUGGAGGACACGGAGGGGUCAACAACUCCUAUCAGAUGUAAAAAUGAUCUAGAGAUCCGGAGGCGGAAGAUGAACCGGCACAAGUACAAGAAGCUGCAAAAGAGGACCAAGUUCUUAAAGCGGAGAGUAAUGGAGGGCAGGGGGAGGAAGAAGCAGAAAAGGUUUGAGGAGGACCUCAAGAGGAUUUGGACACGAGCUGGACUGAAGAAAGCUCCAGAGGGAUGGACGACACCUAAGAUCUUUAUUAAACAACAUGGAAACAAGAGGAACUGAAUAACCAAAGCAGCUGGUGUUUGUGCUGCGUCCUUCUCUCUGGACGAGCCUCUUCAGCUCACAUCACAGACUGCUGCUAGCGCUUCACGUCUGUUUUACUUCAGUUAAAGUGCAUGUGAGCACUGAGGCCAGAUCCCCUGUGUGCAUGUGUUUCUACAGUGUACAAAAUCUAAUAAAGAUCUCUGCCAAGUUUAGGAAAUA